UUGAAUACCAAUUAUUAUACCUGACACUGAAAUUUUGUGUUAUGAACGGAUUAAAAAUAUUGGCUUAAUUGUUUGUUUGAGUUCUUUUAAAUACUUAUGUAAAAGAAGAUAUUUUGUGAUGAUAAUUUUCUGUGCAGACUAUAUUUUGUUCAUUGCCAAAGACUGUUUUCUCAUGGCAGGUAGAAAAAUAUUAAAGAUGAACGCCAUGGAUAUCAGUGUUGUGCUAGAUCUGCUAGAAUAUAGCAUAUAUGCCAGAGAUCAUAAUCGAACUACAUACCUCAUUUGCCAUUACCUCCAGCACAAAUGUGUAGGUAAGAAAACUAUAAUAAGUGGUGGAAUGGCGGAAAAGUCAGCUAUAUCUGGCAGUGACAUUGAUAUUAUGGAAGUAGUGGAUGAUUUUAAAGUAAUGGAAAAGUCAUAUGCUUACUCAACUGGCAUAAAUAAGUUUCCAGCACGAAUGCCAUUAUAUAUUUGUAGACGAUGUUGCAAUGCAGGUUAUUGUCGCCUCGAGGUGACUAAAUUUUGUUACCAAGUAGUUGUAAAUUCGAGAGCAGAAGACCUUAGAUGGAAUAUAGUUUUCGAUAUAAUUGAAAAACAAAAUGACCGAUAUUUUUUUUCAAGUAAAAUGUUUCGUAAUAAAACGAUACCUGAAGAGUAUACUUUUCCUAGUGACGUCUUUCAGGAAUUAAGAAGUAAUGGACCAGCUAUAACAUGCGAAAACAAAGACUUGGUUUCAAGUUUAGAACUUGAACAUUGGCCGCCUGAGGCAAAGGCAUGGCUAUCUCGAGAAAGACAAAAUAACUGGCCAAGCAAUGAACUUUUAUCUUUCCUAGAAGAAAACGUUUCUUGUUACGUUGUUCCAAUUGGGAGUAAAUCCUCGAAGAGGUCGGACUUGGAGUGGAGAAUUUCAUUUGUUGAUAUUGAACUAAACCUCAUCUGGAAUAUGAAUGAUACACAGUUCAAGUGUUUCUUAUUGCUAAAGAUGCUGAAAAGGGAAUACAUGAAAUGCGAGAUAUCGACCUAUCACAUUAAAAAUAUUGUUUUUUGGCUAUGCGAAGAUUUGCCAGAAAGGUCUUGGAGAAAAGAUCUGCUAGUUAUUCGUGUAAAGGAUGGUCUUCUAAAGCUGAGACAGUAUGUCGAAAAAGGAUUUCUACCUCAUUAUGUUAUUCCUGAUAAUAAUCUAUUCCUUUCCAAAAAUAUAAUAAAGACUGAAGAAAAGAAAUAUACAUUGAAAAUAAUUGAUGAAAUUUAUAACAAUUUAGAGGAUAAAUUAUCAAGGCUACUCCUCCCUGUGAAGCCUCUUUUUAAUUAUCCGUUGCUAUUGACACGACUUCUUACAAAGAUUCAGUCGGAUUUCACGGUAAAAGAAUACUGCAGAAGGUGUAAUUUGAUCUUAAUGUUAGUUCAAUCGACAGACAAUCAGUCGCAUUGCGAUAACAUUGUUAAAACGUUUGGACAAGACUGUGAAGACAUUUUUCCAUGUAUACGACUUGCACUCAUUAAACUUGAACUGAGAAAAUGUAGACAAACGGAAAACCAAAUUGAUGAGUUUAUCAGGAAGAUGAGGAAAGAAAGCGUUAUAGAUUAUUUAACAGUUCCGUUAACCUGCGGAAUGGUAUAUUUUGUAAACAACCGAUAUUCUGAUGUCCGGAAUGCUUUGACUGAAACAUUGAAGGACGGGUCAUACAAGCGUUACAUUACACAUAAAGGCGAUGAAUGGUACAUGUCUUUAAUGUCAGGUGACAUUGUCCGUUUUAAAACAAUCAGUCGUAAUAAGCAAGUUAACGAUAUUCGAACAGACCGACAUAAUUUGGUAAUGGAUUUUCCUGUAAGUCAUUUUGAACUGGAAUAUGCUCCAUUUCCUUUAAAGCUACAGUUGAGUUUAAACUGUCCCGAGAGAAGCAUUCAUUGUAAUCCACUUGUUCUUAGCUGCUACAUGCUAUACAUUUCCGAAUAUAGGCUUGGCCUUGCUGGAGAAAUGGAGAAAACAAGAGCCGUUUUUGAGAAUGUUCUGUCUAAGGUGUCACAUCAUAGUUCCCAUGUUAGUCACUUAAACAUGUUGGGUCACAGUUUAUAUGUUACUGGUGACAGCAAAUCGGCUUUCAAAUAUUUCGUAAUGUCUUUAAGGGUGUGUUCAUAUUAUAGUAACGCGGCACGGUACCAUAUUGCAUUUAUGAUUAAUGAUAUACUUCAAUACAAAUGUAAAUCUGUUGAAUCAUGAAGCUAAUGCGACUUAAGAAGCAUGAAAAAUUAAUGAAACAAUAAAGAUAUAUUGCUAAUGGUGCGUUUCAGUUUUUUAAUAGGUUUCACAUUACAUUGACUAUAUGGAUACUUUCCUUUCUCGCCUUUUGACGGAGGUCGACCUAUCGUUUCCCGUUGGGUAUAUAUUUGGGUCGACCGGGCACCAAAAGAACCACCCUUUUUUCCGUAGUUUUGCUGGAUAGCUUCCUAUAUGAACGGAUUUUAUCCCAAAAUGGAAUCAAAUCAACUUUAACUGAGGGCAACGCAUUUGAAAUCAUCGGCCUUUAAAACCCGAUCAAUUUCACAAAUAUAGACAAUAAUACUUAUUACGAAAUAUUAAUCUAAUAAUCUCUAGUAUGAAGUAUACAAUAGUAUGACUAUAUGUAGUUUGAAAUAUUGAUAAAACAAUAUGACAUUAGCUAGAAGGAUAAACUUGGAGAAAGUCUACAAAAUAUCGAUGCAAUCUGUAUUUAGAAAUGCUGAUUGAAACAAAGUGAGUGAGUAAGUGAAUUGGGUUUUACGGCGAAUCGACACAAAAUGGUCAUAUAUCGCCGAGAAGAAAUCAUAUUGCAAACGCCAACUGUAAAGCACAAACAUUGAUGUAAAAAUGUAUAGCAUACCUAAAAACAUCCAUGUAAAAUGUAAAGAACACUAUGAAUAAUGUAAAACAUAUCUAAAAACAUCCAUGUAACAAGAGAGUCAUGAUGACCCAGGAUCUCUCACCUGAGUAAAAUGAGCUACAUGUUUUAAAUGUCAAACUAAUGAUAAAAAGUUUAAAAAAGUCAGUAGGUCACAUUCAUGGUCAAUGAAAUUCAGUUUUACGAUUUGUGUGCAAAACUGUGUAUGUCAUCAAAAUUUCAAGGCUGUAUCUUAAAAAACAAGAAAGUAGGUCUGUAGGUCAAGGUCACAGUCAAGUGACAUCAUAUUACUUGGGGUCAUCAGGUAAUUAUAACUAAACAGCCUUGGAAAUAGGAUCAGAUGAUUUUUUAAAGUAUUUUUCCUAUAUAACUCACAUAAUAAAUAAGUGACCCCAGGGCGGGGCCUCUUUUAAUCUGAGGGGCAUAGUUUGAACAAUUUUUGAGGACUACUAGACAAUGAAUCAUAGCAAAUAUCAAAAGCCUAGGUCGAAUGAUAAGACAAGAAGAUUUUUAAAGCUUUUUCCUAUACAAGUCUAUAUAAAACUUGGGACCCCCAGGACAGGGCCUUUUUUCACCCAAUGGGUACAAUUUGAACAAUUUUGGUUGAGGACCAAGUCAAUGCUAAAAACCAAAUAUCAAAGGUCUAAGUGUUGUAGUUUCAGACAAGAAGAUUUUUAAACUUUUUUUCAUAUAUAAGUCUAUGUAAAACUUGGGACCCCCGGGGCGGGGCCAUAUUUGACCCUAGGUGAUAAUUUGAACAAUCUUGGUAGAGGACCACUAGAUGAUGCUACAUACUAAAUAUCAAAGCCCUAAGUCAUGUGGUUUUCUACAAGAAGAUUUUCAAAUUUUUCCCUGUGUAAGUCUAUAUAAACCAUGUGACCACCAGGGCGGGGCCAUAUUUAACCCUAGGGGGAUAAUUUGAAUAAUCUUGGUAGAAGACUACUAGAUCAUGCUACAUACCAAAUGUCAAAGCCCUAGGCCAUGUGGUUUUGUACAAGAAGAUUUUCAAAGUCUUCCCUAUAUAAAUCUAUAUAAAACAUGUGACCCCGGGGCGGGGUCAUAUUUGACCCUAGGGGGAUAAUUUGAACAAUUUUGGUAGAGGGCCACUAGAUGAUGUUACACACCAGAUACCAAAGCCCUAGGCCCUGUGGUUUUGGACAAGAAGAUUUUUAAAGUUUUUCCUUUCGGUUGCCAUGGCAACCAGAGUUCUGCAUGGAAUGAAAUUCUUUUAACAAUUUUGAAAGUGGACCACCCAAGGAUCAUUCCUGUGAAGUUUGGUGUAAUUCUGCCUAGUGGUUUUCAAGAAGAAAAUGUUGACGGACACACGACGGACGACGGACAUUGUCUGGUCACAAAAGCCUUUGGCUCAGGUGAGCUAAAAAUGUAAA